AUGGUUCGAAUCAAAAACCGAUAUCUCGUUGUAAACUACCUCUACCCACAUGGGAAUGGUCAAUCCAACAACAAGGACCUACCCGGAGCCCUGGAAUUCCACCAACCCACGCCGGAUGACUUUCACGAAGGAAGACUGAUCACUGCAAUCCGGAAUGGCGUGACAGAGCUAUUUGGAGACUAUGGACUGGGCAUGGUGUCGACGAGCUUGAAGGUGAACUAUCACUCUACCGCAACUUCAACCUCAAUCAUCCGCUGUCCACAAAAACAUUUCGAGAUGGUCUGGGCUGCACUCACCUUCAUGACCAGGUUGCCGAAGCCCAUCGACGUCCCAGUCGUCAUCAAGGUAGUCCGUGUCUCAGGCACGAUUAGAAAAGCGGAAGAGGACGUUAUCAGGCGAGCUAAAGAGCUAGUUCUAAGGGCCAAGACGGGGGACAGUAGGCCCGGCGAUGACCAGAUCCUCAGAGAUGUAGUAAAGACUGUCGCAAAGAGAAGGGAAAAUGAGGUGCUCCUCGGUGAUGAAGAGGAAGAAGCCGAAGAGAGCGAGAGCGAUUGA